AUGGCUAACAUUUGGAAUUGGCUUCUCUCACUUCUCUUCCUCAUCGGUAUUCUUGUCGCCGCCUUCAAGCACAAGAACCGACGGCAACAUCGACGGAAGCCACCGUCUCCUCCUGGCUUUCCGAUCAUCGGAAACUUACACCAGAUCGGAGAGUUACCACAUCAGUCUCUAUGGAGACUCUCAAAAAAGUAUGGUCCUGUGAUGCUUCUCAAGCUUGGAAGAGUCCCAACACUCAUAGUCUCUUCCUCUGAAACCGCAAGACAGGCUCUCAAAAUCCAUGACCUCCGUUGUUGUAGCCGUCCAGGCUUGGCUGGGUCUAAAGAACUCUCUUACAACUACCUGGACAUAGCUUUCUCUCCUUUUGAUGAUUACUGGAAAGAAAUAAGGAAGCUCUCUGUUCAAGAACUCUUCAGUACUAAACAAGUUCACGCGAUUCAACCCAUCAAGGACGAAGAGGUCAAGAAACUGAUCGAUUCAAUCUCCGAGUCAGCUUAUCUUAAAACUCCGGUCAACUUGAACAAGACGACUCUUGCUUUAACCGUAAGCGUGGUGUGCAGAACAGCCUUUGGUGUGAGUUUCGAAGGAACUGUCCUCAACAGCGACAGAUUCAAUAAGUUAGUCCGUGAGGCACUCGAGAUGCUGGGAAGCUUCUCUGCCUCUGAUUUCAUUCCGUACGUCGGAUGGAUCAUAGACCGGUUCUCCGGUUUACAAGCACGGAGAGAGAGAAGCGCACGUGAUCUUGAUGCCUUCUAUGAACAAAUGUUUGAUCUGCAUAAAGAGAGAAAGAAAGAUGGGAGUGAAGAUUUCGUUGACUUGCUGUUGAAGUUAGAGAAAGAAGAAACUGUUCUUGGAAACCACAAGCUCACAAGAAACCAUAUCAAAGCAAUCUUAAUGAAUGUUCUUCUUGCAGGAAUCGAUACUACUGCAAUAACCAUGACAUGGGCAAUGACAGAGCUCGCAAGAAACCCACGAGUGAUGAAGAAAGUGCAAUCCGAAAUCAGAAACCUAAUUGGGAACAGAGAAAUGAUCACCUUGGAUGACACGGAACAGCUCCAUUACCUGAAAAUGGUGAUCAAAGAAACAUGGAGGCUACAUCCUACAACACCUAUUCUACUCCCAAGAGAAGUAAUGUCGGAAUUCGAGAUCAACGGCUACACGAUUCCAGUGAAGACACGGCUUCACGUGAAUGUAUGGGCUAUCGGCCGUGAUCCGGAAACCUGGAAAGACCCGGAAGUGUUUCUCCCGGAGAGGUUUAUGGAUAGUGACAUUGAUGCAAAAGGACAGAACUUUGAGCUGUUACCGUUUGGCGGUGGAAGGAGAAUCUGUCCUGGAAUGUACAUGGGGACAACAAUGGUGGAGUUUGGUCUUGCGAAUAUGUUGUAUCACUUUGACUGGGAGUUGUCAGAAGGCAUGGCAGUCGAAGAUAUCGACGUGGAAGAAGCUCCUGGUCUCACUGUUAACAAGAAAAACGAGCUUUUACUUGUGCCUGUGAAGUAUUGA